GAUUCACUUCCGGGCAGGCGCUGCCGCUGGCCGCGAAAAAAGUAUCCAGACAAGCAGCACCUUGUGAGAAGCCGCCACAUUGCAUCCAGCACCCGCCCGAACUCUUCAGGUUGUGUGGACUUUGACUUCCAACCUUUGUCAAUCUGUCCCCUUGGUGCAGUAGCAAUAUAGGAUUUGGAUCAUAGUUUGUCUUUUCUUCCCCCCAAUUGCCCACACCACGCUCGCCUUCGGAGGACACCUACCUUGUUGGCAGCUUGAUACUUCACGACCCUCCCGAGAAAACAACAGCAACCAGACUGCGACACCCAGCUUAACCUAGUCGUGCCCACUCGGCAGAACCGCCGACAUGAGCACCGACUACGCCUACGACGAGGAGGGCUACCUCUGGCCCUUCUUCGUCUUUACCCUGACGCUCAUCAUCACCCUCCCACUUACAUACAUCCUCGUCAAGAGGUCGCGAGACCCCGCCGCCUCGUUCCCGCGCAUUCGGACAAACUUCAAACAUAAACACACCGACGUUGUCGACUCAUUACGCAAGAAGGAGAAGCGCAAGGACCGCAAGCUAUGGCUCAUCAUCGCCGUGGCCGUCGGCUGGGUUGUCAUGGGCUACAUGCUCGUCCUCAUCCAGAACACCGAGACGCCAACGCAGAAGCUAUGGAACCCAUAUGACAUUCUCGGCAUCUCCGAGUCGGCCACCGAGAAGCAGAUCAAGAGCGCCUACAGGAAGCUGUCCCUCAAGUUCCAUCCCGACAAGAUCAAGCCUGAUGCUUCCAAGAACGAGACCAUGGACGAUCUCAAUGCCCGCUACGUCGAGAUCACCAAGGCCCACCAGGCCUUGACCGACGAGGAGGUGCGCAACAACUAUAUCCAGUAUGGUAACCCUGAUGGCAAGCAGGGUUAUAGCAUCAACAUUGCUUUGCCAAAGGCCAUUGUGUCUGACGGCAAUGGCAAGUAUGUUGUGCUUCUGUACUCUGCGCUCUUUGGUAUUCUGUUGCCAUACCUGGUUGGGUCAUGGUGGUACGGGACGCUUAGACGGUCCAAGGAGGGCGUUCUCAUGGAGAGCGCCAACCGGCUGUUCAGGGAGUACAAGGACAACAUCGACGAGGGCGGCGUCAUUAGCGCCCUCAGCACGGGUCAGGAAUACGACGAGCUGUUCAGGGGCGACAAGGCCGAUUCUGGCUUGUCCAAGGUUGAGUCCAGAAUUCUUGCCGAGGGCGAGCUCUCUCCUCUCGCUGGCGGUCUUUCUGUCAAGGACAAGGAGAAGUUGGAGGAUCUCGAAAGUGGCCCCCAACGCAAGGCCUUGGCACUUCUCUGGGCCUACCUCGGACGCGUCGAGCUUGACGACCCCAUCUUGGAGAAGGCUAAGUUCGCCGUCGCCCCAAUUGCCGAAGCUCUCAACAAGUCUCUUACCGCCAUCUCUCUUGCCUACAUGAACACGGCUCCUCUCCUGUCUUCAUACUACGCCAGCCAGCUCCUCAUUCAGGCUCUCCCACCAAAAUCUUCGCCCCUUCUCCAGCUUCCUCACUUUACUCCAGCGACUGUCAAGGCUGUCGAUGGCGACUCCAAGGUUCACACCAACGUGCAGGACUUUAUGGACAGGCCGGACGCUAAGCGCCGCAGCCUGGUUGUCGGCAAGGGUCUUCUCACUGAUGAGCAAUACCGCGAAGCCGUCUCUGUUGCUAAGCAGCUACCCUUCUUCCGCGUCGCCAAGGCAUACUUCAAGGUUACUGGUGAAAAGUUCAUUCUCCCCUCUUCUCUCGUCACACUCGUCGUCAAGGGCCGCUUCGUGCCACCAGGCAGCGAAAACGUGCCCGAGAUUGAGCCAUUGGAUCUCGAGGAUAUCGACCCAGCCGAAGACGACCUUGACGCCAUCCUCGGCCGCAAGGCCAAGAAGCAGAUUGGCAAGGACGAGAAGGGCAGACCCAUUUACGAGGAGGCCCCUGACGAGCCCAUCUCUGCGCCAUUGGCCGCGUCCCCAUACUUUGCGCGCGACCACUCUCCAAGGUGGCACGUUUUCCUCACAGACUCGAAACAAGGCCGUGUGGCGGUGCCACCAUUUACCUUUGCGCAGUUUGACAAGCCGAUCUUUGAGGCGGAUGGCAAGACGCCUACUUUUGCGAUGCAGACCCUGAAGGCGCAGUUCCAGGCGCCACCACAGGCGGGGCACUACACUUUUGUGAUGCAUGUGGUUUGCGACAGCUAUGUCGGGUUUGACACCAAGAUGGAGGUGACGCUGAUUGUGGAGGAGGCGAGCAAGGCUGCCGAGAUGGAGCAGGUGGUGGAGGAUGAGAUUAGCGAACCGGAGGAGGAUUCUCUGGCGGGAAUCAUGCACGCCGCCAAGGGUGGUGCGCCACCAAAGCCCAAGAAGAAGGUGGUGAAGGAGAGCGACGAGGAGGACAGCGACGAGGAGAGCGGGACGGACGAGGAGAGCGAUGAUACCAGUGAUACGAACACGGACACGGAGGAGGAGGAUAAUUAGGUUUCUGAUCCUCUUGCGGUGGUG